AUGGAGUCAUGGACCCAAAAGUUCGGUUCAAUAGUCCAGAGCGGCGACGCCGGAUCCAGUGCGUGCGCUGUGCGUCGCUCAGAUCCGUGGUUUGCCGUGGGGGCUGUCAGUCGGUUACGGGGUCGCUGCUGGCUGCAGAAUGGGGAUUUGGACACACGGCGAAGAUCUGGAGACAGCCUCUAUUCCAUUGCUCGCUGGGUCUGGCCUCGUGCAAGUCGGCAGGACGCUUCUGUGCACGCACGGCACGGACUACGAGAGAACAGGGGGGUAAAGGACCGUCACUUUGGAAUCUCCUUGCUGCGUGGUGUCGAACAAUCCGCGCAAUCCGUUUCGGCCCGGAGCACAUUCAUUGUCGCUGUCGCUGCUGUCGCUGCUGCUGCUGCUGCUGCUGCGGUGGCCAGUUCAACGCUCCCUGAUGUCGCCGUUGCAGACAGUGCUUCCAUGGCGGUGCCACGAGCCGACAACUCUCCCGAGGGCUUGUUCGAUCCCAGCGCAUACCAGCGGCGGACCGACCAGUUGAUCUUUGCGGCCUUCAUUUCCAUGACCCUCUUCAACUCCCUCGAGCUGAUCGUGUUGUGUUUUGGCACCUUCAAGCGCCGCCAGGGGCUCUACUUCUGGAGCUUGCUGGUCGCGUCGGCCUGCCUCAUCCCAUACGCGAUUGGUUUCCUCCUCAUCUUCUUCCACACCGGUGUCAACCCGUAUCUUCCCGUCACCCUCAUCGUCUUCCCCUGGAUGGGCAUGGUUACGGGUCAGUCGCUGGUGUUGUACUCGCGGCUGCACCUGGUCUGCCAGAACCCCAAGGUGCUCCACGCCGUGCGGUGGAUGAUCAUCAUCAACGCCUUCUGCCUGCACAUCCCCACCGCGGUGCUCAUCUACGGUGACGCCUCGCCAAGCUUUCCGUCCUUCGCCUUCGGCUACAGUAUCAUGGAGCGCAUCCAAGUCGUCGGCUUCUGUCUCCAGGAACUCAUCAUCUCCGGCAUCUACGUCUGGGAAACGGUCAAGCUGCUGCGCCUACGGCCCCAGGGCUGCCGCCGCGGCAUCUUCAACCAACUGCUCGUCAUCAACAUCGUCAUCCUCGCCAUGGACCUCGCCGUCGUCGGCAUCGAGUACGCAGGCUACUACCCCAUCCAGGUCACCCUCAAGGCCUUCGUCUACAGCAUCAAGCUCAAGCUCGAGUACUCCAUUCUCGGCAAGCUGGUCCUCGUCGCAAAGGGCGCCUGCUCCCUUCCCGAUCCCGCCUCCAGCGGCUACGAGCCGGACUCCUCUCUCUCCCAGUCCCAGUCGCAAUGUCCUUCGCACUCUCUUCCCUCCUCCCGUCGUACCCAGUCCUCCUCCAGUCCUGCCGCUGACUGGCUCGAAGAAUUCGAAAUGGGGUUGCCCUAUCUGCAUCCUCAUGCAGCUUACUCAUAA